UGGCCGCUUGCCGUACGUUCACAUGACUCCCUCUGCGUGUGACUGACCCGCAUUCCUCAGGUGGCAGCAGCAGCAGCUCUGUGUGACUGACUCCUUUCACUGAAGACUCGAAAACAAACACUUCCUCCGUCACAUCUUAAGCCUGUCGGGUUGGAAAUACAUGGGUACAAGAUAACCGAUGCCCGAGGAACAUUUAGUUUUUUCUUCUCUUGUCGGUGAUGGCUGAACUGAUGCCGUCGGACUCAAGAAGGUGUACUUAUUUCUUCCUCUAUGAUGGAUCUAAAGUCAAAGGAGAGGGUGACCCUACAAGACAGGGAAUCUGCUACUUCUACCCUGAAGAGACCUCUUUAGAUAAGCAGGAGCUGCUCUGUGGUCAGCUUGCUGGUGCGGGCCGAUGUGUCUCUGAACUUUCCUUCUCUCCUGUUCGCAUACUGAGGCUGCGCCGCAACAAGUUUGCUAUCCGCAUGAAAGAUGACUUCUUUUGGGCUCUUGGCUGCUCACUGGAAGUCCCCACUGUUAGUGUUUGUGCACUCCUGGAUCAGCUCAUAAACCUCUAUUGUUUCUACAAUGGAUCUGUCAGACGGAGCUACCAGCUUAACAGCCGGGAGGCUCUGGCUGCUCGAUGGGCACAGUACCUCUCUCACCUGCAAUCAGGAUGCUCAGAGCUUCACUAUAUCUUCACCUGCUUGAGAACCCUUGACUCAACGAAUGUUGACCCGUUACUCCUGCUCAAAGCAGCUCUCAUUCUGCAGGCAUGUCAGCGCUGCCCUCUAGUGUUAGCAGGUUGUAUCCUCUUCAGAGGAAGAGUGGUGAGCACACAGAUGAGUCCACAGCUCACCAUGAAAGUGAUGGUUCGUGAGAAUGAAACAUACAACAAGUCCCAGAAACUAAAUGGAGAGAGAAGCUCCAGCCCGUUUGGAGGUGACGUCUGCUACACGACUGUGUACCUGACCAUGUCUGAACUCCAGUUCCUGCAAUCCGUCCCCAUCGACAAAGACUUCAGUUCCCAUUCAACGCCACACAAAGACACAACCCCAAGGAGGACCCGUCUAUCAAGAACACUGUCUGACAUGACCUUUACAGAGUCUGAGAAUUCAGAUCCAGGUUGCUCCCAGUCUUACCUGAAGGUUUCCUUCAGCCCCCAUUUGUCUGACUGCUCCGUUUUUAGCCCAUCUACAUCGCAGAGCACCGGCGAUCCAGCAAGCCCCCCACCACAGUUGCUCGAGUCUCCUUUGUCAAAUGGAAAUCACUCUGAUGAAGCUGAGGAGGAGGCGCUGGAAGUGUCGUAUUACCACAGUUUUAACAGCAAUGAGGGCGGGGGCAGCCAGGUACAUCAGGAAAAAGACACGUCAGUGGCUGAAGACAAUCCCCGCUUAAACGGAGACAGGGAGGAUGGAGAGACAGCUUGUGGGGCAGCGUUUGAUUAUAGAGGGGCUGAAUGUGAGCAUGACCAUGACAAGAACGUUGUGGAAGAAGCCAGAAUAGGAGAGAGUCCUCAAGGCCACAGGGCAGACAUGAGCGGGCCUUCUUCUCGCUCUGGCUCUUUUGACAAUUCAGAAGAGAGUCCUCUGAUUCCCAUGAUGCUGUACCUGCACCGGGUUAAAGGACUGGUACUGGCUCUGCUGGCAGAGCCUCACUUCUUGAGUGACACAACGUCUAUGGAAGAAGUGUAUCACAGCAGCCUGGCGUCACUCAACGGGCUGGAGGCCCAUUUGAGGACCGUCUCUCCUGUAACUAUGGGAGCUCCAGGACCCUACGUCUUCGCCCAUUUUGACUGCAUUCAGAGUACACUGACAGCCAACCUGUCUGGUCGACCAGGGGGAGCCCCAGAGCGUCCCUUUGUGAGAGCCACAUCACUUCUUCACUCGCAUUUCUGUAACACUGAAACUCUGCAGGAGGCUAUUAUCAGGAGUGCUGGCGCUGCAGUGUAUGGAACCCGCAGCGUGGCCCAGGAGACUUACUUCCAGCAGUACGGAGGGUCGGUAAGGAACUCUGGGAUUCCUAACCACCAGGACAGUGCUUUCUCACUGCCCAGCAAAGCCAGACACAGGCUAUUGAAACAUGGAGUCAACCUGCUCUAAGGGAACAUCUUCAUCAUGUGUUCUCUCAGUGAGGAGCUGUACUCUGUUAAAUUAGGAAGAACUGUCUUGUGAGUAUACUUUUAAAUCCAAGGAAUCUUGAAAAGAUGACUUCAAGCGUCCUGUGUUUUGUAGCUGCUCUAGUUGUUCUCUUAAGUAGAUAUCAACCUGUGUUGUCUUAUGAAACUUAUUGCACUUACUCAGAAAAGGUUUUUUUACCAAAUACAUGAUGACAUUAACUUUGAGUUUGGAUAGCAGUUAUGUUUACAGCAAAGUUCUUGCAAGUUUGAAUGCAGUUUGAUUGCCACUUACAUCCAUCGUGUUCUAAAUAUCUGUACUUUUUGUAUCAGGGUCUACAAGCUUGAUGAAUUAAGCUUCUGUUUACACAGCACACACAUUUUGUGACCUUUAUACUCAGCAUUUAUAUUGUCUGUUCAGUGGCACCCCCUUCUUUUUUUACUAGGUUUAUAGAAAAUGUUUAUUGAAACAUCUCCGUCUUUUUCUAUCACAGUACACAAUCGUGCUCCCCUUACAGCACAUACUGCAAAACUUUCUUUGUUCAUUCCACACAUCUAUACAAUCGAAGAUAAUUUGUCUAAAACAUCUAUUUAUUUCACAUCAGCUGUUUGUUUUUUAUUUAACUGUUUUGCUUGAGAUCUACUGGCCUGGCUUUUAAAAGCUUCAUUUGUAUUUGCAAGUAUACACUAAGAAGACAUGCCCUGUGAUUUUCUGUAGUGUGUUAUUAGUGGAUAUUAAAUGAAUACGUGAUCCUCUCA